AUGUCUGACGAUUUUAUUCCAUUGAAUCAGAGUACUCCUGUACAAGGAAAAUGGCAGAACAGGAGUCAACAGGGUUCUUAUCAAAACAAUUGGCAUAAAAAAACUCAGCAACGACGUGGACAUCAUCAAAAACAUUGGGGAAAUAAUUCUCAACAUAGCAAUAGUUUCGUAAGUGACGGAAGCAGCAGUUAUAGCCGAGAAAAUAAAAGUAAUAUUGAUGCUUACCUUCAUCCUUCCAUGCUAAAAGACCCAUGGGAACAUUUAAGAAAAGACACACAA